GAGCCCAGUAAUGUCCUUUGCAGAAGGGGAAGUAAAAGCAUUUGUUCAAAUGGAUAGUUGAACCAUUUGAGCUUCUGGGCUGCUGGUGAUAACGCACUGGAUUAAGUGGGAAUGGGACACCAAAAAUAAUUUAUUUUAUAGCAUUUGUCUUUUGUCAUUUUGCAGGGAGCAACCAUGUCACCAUUUCUUCGAAUUGGUUUGUCCAACUUCGACUGUGGGUCCUGCCAGUCAUGUCAAGGAGAGGCUGUUAACCCUUACUGUGCUGUGCUUGUCAAAGAAUACGUUGAAUCGGAGAAUGGACAAAUGUAUAUCCAGAAAAAGCCAACCAUGUACCCGCCCUGGGACAGCACUUUUGAUGCCCACAUCAACAAGGGAAGAGUAAUGCAGAUCAUUGUGAAGGGCAAGAACAUGGACCUAAUAUCCGAAACUACCGUCGAGCUCUCCUCUCUGGCUGAGCGAUGCAGGAAGAACAAUGGGAAGGCAGAGAUAUGGUUAGAGCUGAAACCUCAAGGCCGAAUGCUAAUGAAUGCAAGAUACUUCCUGGAAAUGAGUGACACAAAGGACAUGAGUGAAUUUGAGACUGAAGGCUUCUUUGCUUUGCAUCACCGCCGAGGAGCCAUCAAACAGGCCAAAGUCCACCAUGUCAAGUGCCAUGAGUUCACCGCCACCUUUUUCCCACAACCCACAUUUUGCUCUGUCUGCCAUGAGUUUGUCUGGGGUCUGAACAAACAAGGCUACCAGUGUCGACAGUGUAAUGCGGCAAUUCACAAGAAGUGUAUUGAUAAAGUUAUAGCUAAGUGCACAGGAUCAGCUAUCAAUAGCCGAGAAACCAUGUUCCACAAGGAGAGGUUCAAAAUUGACAUGCCGCAUAGAUUUAAAGUCUACAAUUACAAAAGCCCGACCUUCUGUGAGCACUGUGGGACCCUGCUGUGGGGCCUGGCCAGGCAAGGACUCAAGUGUGAUGCAUGUGGCAUGAAUGUACAUCACAGAUGCCAGACAAAGGUGGCCAAUCUUUGUGGCAUAAACCAGAAGCUAAUGGCUGAAGCGCUGGCAAUGAUUGAGAGCACUCAACAGGCUCGCUGCUUAAGAGAUACUGAACACAUCUUCAGAGAAGGUCCGGUUGAAAUUGGUCUCCCAUGCUCCAUAAAAGGUGAAGCAAGGCUGCCUUGUGUACCAGCACCUGGGAAAAAAGAGCCUCAGGGAAUCUCUUGGGAGUCUCCUUUGGAUGGAAUGGAGAAAAUGUGUCAUCGUCCAGAACCUGAACCAAGCAUAGAAAGACCGUCUGUACAUAUGAAACUAAAAAUCGAGGAUUUUAUCUUGCACAAAAUGUUGGGGAAAGGAAGUUUUGGCAAGGUCUUCCUAGCAGAGUUCAAGAAAACCAAUCAAUUUUUCGCAAUAAAAGCCUUAAAGAAAGACGUGGUUUUGAUGGACGAUGAUGUUGAGUGCACGAUGGUAGAGAAGAGAGUUCUCUCUUUGGCCUGGGAGCAUCCAUUCUUAACGCACAUGUUCUGUACAUUCCAGACCAAGGAAAACCUCUUUUUUGUGAUGGAGUAUCUCAAUGGAGGAGACUUAAUGUACCACAUCCAAAGCUGCCACAAGUUUGAUCUUUCCAGAGCAACGUUCUAUGCUGCUGAAAUCAUUCUUGGUCUGCAGUUCCUUCACUCCAAAGGAAUUGUGUACAGAGACCUGAAGCUAGAUAAUAUCCUGUUAGACAAAGAUGGACAUAUCAAAAUAGCGGACUUUGGAAUGUGCAAGGAGAACAUGUUAGGAGAUGCCAAGACAAACACUUUCUGCGGCACCCCUGACUAUAUCGCCCCGGAGAUCUUGCUGGGUCAGAAAUACAACCAUUCUGUUGACUGGUGGUCCUUUGGCGUUCUCCUCUAUGAGAUGCUAAUUGGUCAGUCACCUUUCCAUGGGCAAGAUGAAGAAGAGCUUUUCCACUCCAUCCGUAUGGACAAUCCCUUUUACCCUCGAUGGCUUGAGAAGGAGGCAAAGGACCUUCUAGUGAAGCUCUUCGUGAGGGAACCUGAAAAGAGGCUGGGAGUGAGGGGAGACAUCCGCCAGCACCCUUUGUUUCGGGAGAUCAACUGGGAAGAGCUUGAACGAAAGGAGAUUGACCCACCAUUCCGGCCUAAAGUGAAAUCACCGUAUGACUGCAGCAAUUUCGACAAAGAAUUCUUAAAUGAGAAACCCCGGCUGUCGUUUGCAGACAGAGCCCUGAUCAACAGUAUGGACCAGAACAUGUUCAGAAACUUUUCCUUCAUUAACCCAGGAAUGGAGAGGUUGAUAUCCUGAGGGGACCUCUCCUGACACACGAGGGAAUUUGCCUUGUGUCUGUGAACUGGUCCGUGUGAUGCUCCUUGGAUUCCUUUUCACCUUGGGAAAGAAAAGAAACACUCAAUAAUACAGGCUGAGACCUUUUAGCUCAUCACUGACGUUGUAUCUGCAGCAGAAGCCACCUCCACUUCACUAAUAACCACACCCUUCGGUGUCUCCUGUCCUCUCCUGGGGUCACUCUUGAAGCUGGGUCAUUACUAACCAUAGUUACUUACUGGCACGACGGUUCUCCUCUGCACUGUAAAAAGACCUGAAAAGUUAAUACUGCCCUAAAUCGUGGCUCUUCCCGUGGACACCAACGGCUGAUCAAUGACCUGAGGGGCAGAGAGAGCACAGCCUUCUCAAGACUGAAACAGCACGUCGCCGGGUGCAGGAGUGGACUUCAUUCAGCAGCAUAUAAGUAACCACUAACCCGUUUUGUUCUGUUCGCAUCUGUGGAAGUGGACGUGGUGGCAGGGGCAGGCCUGGUUAGGUUUUUGUGGGAAUUCUUCACAAUAAACAUAGCUUGUAACUUGAGAUUUACAAAUCCAUUCGUUCUGAUUAGCCAUGAAAUUCUCGGGAAAGAGAAAAACGGAAAGUAAGAAGAGCUCAUGUCCUUGAGACGGAGGGUUUAAUAAAACACCUACUGUGGCUAUCAUGUCAACAUAGAAUCAUUUAGUCCUGCCAACAGAACCACCCCAUCCGCCAUUCUCAAUUGAUUUCAGUGUCAGUGGAAGUCACUCAUUACCCUCCUCUUCACACUGUAACAAGAAAGCAAGUGCAUAAUUCUUCCAACAGAAAAGAAAACCAAUCUCUUACUAUACCCUUAAAGUUGAUCUGAUGACUCAUUUGUCUCCCUUUUGGCAUUAUUCAAGAUAAGAGACCCAUGCGUGCUACUUGUAGCAGUCGAUCGUGUUUAACUAGGAUUCUAGCCAUACAUUUUUAAGUAUCUGUGCUGUUUGUAUAUUUUGAUAAAAUAUUGUGACUUAAUGACAAAGAGGUGGAUAUGUAAAAAUGGAAUAAAAGAAAGAAAGAAA